AUGGGCUCAGUGACGGACAUUCCAAAAACCGACAAAGACCAAGAGAUCGCCGACUGGAAUCUCACGGAGGUAGACCGCAUGCUCCUUCGACAGACCGACGAAGAAUACGAGCCACACUCCUGGGACGAACUGGAACGGAUAAUCAAGGAAAAUAAGCUCGAACUCUUCAAGCGCCUCCCCUCGCAUCUAAGACGCUACAUCAAAUGGUCAAGGGGCAUAAAAGAACUGUACGGCGGCAUCCUCAACUACAUCUGUCAGGAACGCCUCCACUGGGAUCAGCAAGACUCAAAAGUCGUGUUCAAGAAUCCGACCCCGUUUGCAAGCCCAUCCGACUAUUGCAUUCGCUUCAACGACUGGCCGUACGGGGUCGCACCGGGCAUCCGGCAUCUGGUCGUCUGGCUGAAGACCCCGUUGCCCGUGCAGGAAGAUGGAAAUCUGACCACCGAGUCGCGCGCGUGCAUCGAGACUUUCGUGUCUGCUACUUUUGUGCAGCGGCUGGCGAGAGAGGUCCACGCGGAUGCGCCAGAGGCCCGCGUGCUGUGGUUCAAGAAUUGGGCUGCGUUGCAGAGUGUAACGGCGCUUGAGCAUUUCCAUGUUAUGGUCAAGGACGCAAGCGAGGAGACCUUGAGGGAGUGGAUUGGGUCGGAUAAUAUGGCGAUGAUUUGUGAUCUGUGCAAGUGA